CUACAGAGGAAGGAAGAUCAAGGAGCAACGCCAUAAGAAGCGAUACAAAGCGUUGGAAGUCUACAGAAGAAGAAGAAGGGAGUGUUUUUGGCUUUUCCUUCCCUGUCUGGUUACCUAUUUACUUACUUGGAUAACUAAAGGCUACAGAGGAAGGGAGAUGAAGGAGUAACGCCAUAAGAAGCGACACAAAGCGUUAGAAGUCUACAGAAGAAGAAGGGAGUUUUUUUUUGGCUCCUCGCCACCAUGAAGAACACGCCCGGGUUUAAAAAGAACUUCAAGCCUGGAAACCUCAAGAACAAGAAGGGCAGGAAGACAGCCAAUCGACAGAACAAGCUGCACAUCAAGUUUGACCUCGAUGACAGAAGAGAGUACCUGACUGGGUUUCAGAAGAGGAAAAAAGAGAGGAAGGAGAAGGCCUACAAGAAGCUACAAGAAGAUCUGAAAGCCGAGAAGAAGCAGAUGAAGAAAGAUAGGAAGGACAUCGUUAAGAAGAUGAUCCAGCAGGGCCAGGAGCUGAUGGCCCACGGGGGAAUUGGAAUGAUUGACGAUGAAGACAAGGAGGAGGAGGAGGAGGAGGAGGAGGAUGAGAAGGAAAAGAAUAAGGUCAAGGUGAAUUACGGCUCGGCGACGGUGGAGAUCUGUGACCUAGACCUGACCUCUAAGCACCACAUUGGCAUAAAUCAGAUGGAUGUCGACAGCGAGGAGAACAAAAAGAGCAAGAAACACCCGACUGGCAAAACAAACCUAAGUAAAAACGCCGAUGAUGAAAACGACAACAAACCACAAAAAGAAGAAGAAGAGGAGGAGGAGGAAGAUGUAAGCCCAGAGAACCUCGAACGCCUUGGAAUCCACAGCCAACGGGAUCUUGUCCGCUCGCUGAAGAAGAGCAGCGCCAAGGCCUUGAAACACAGCCACCUCAUGAAGCAGAAGCAGAUGAGGGAUGCGACCAAGCAGAAGAAGGUCCAGGCGAGGGAGAACAACCGCAGGAGGAAACUGAAGGCCCGGAAGAUGAGGCAUAAGGGCGGGAAGAAGGGUGGGAGGGAUAGUACCUAGUUGGCUUGAUUUUUUUCGGAUUUUUUUUGUUGUAUGUGUAAAUGUGUAGUAAUGUUAAAAUUCAAUAUAAGUGUUUUUCUUGUUUG